GGCGACGCGUACGGUUAGAAAAGCGGACUGUUUAACAGUGGCAAAAUAAUUCCAUUUUGUUAAUGCAAAAAUUUUUAUUUAGCCGCAAACGAGCGCGCGUCUGAAAAGAAUUGUGUUUUGUUUAAAGAAGUGCGUGCAAAAUAUAACAACAAAUUCGAUUUGUGUGUGUGAUAAGUGUGUGCAUGAAAUUGCAAUACAGAAGAAAAGCAGAAAAAGAAAAAAACCCAACUUCUGUCCCGAGGCUGCUGCGCAACAUUAGCAGGCGAAAAUAUUCGCCCAGACGACGCACCUACGACGCGUUCCGACAGAUACAAAUAAGAAAAAAAGAAUAACACAAGAAUUGAAUUAAAAUGUUUGCGAUUUUAUCGAGCAAUGCACUGAGCAGCAUCUUUUAUACAUUUUAUAAAUUCUAAGCGUGCAGAUUCCUGUUUUACUUAUUUGCAAAAAUCAGUGUUGAAUAUUUGCAAAAAAUAGAAGGAGGAGGAGUAGGAAAAGUGCCACAAAAUAAUCAUGUACAUUGUGUUGUCCAUGUACUACUACAUACAACUACAACGUUUAUGCGAAGGUGCGUGUGUGUCUGUAUGCAAAACAGAAGCCUGAUGAACGGUGAACAGUGAACGGCACUCCUUUAGCGCAAAAAGAAAUUAAAUGUAAAAAGGUAGCGUCGUCGUCUGCGUGCGAGCGAGAGCGAGAACGAAACAGAGAGUGCAAAAAGAGCGAAGCGAGCGAUUGCUGCUGCGCCGAAGUUGAACUUCGCAUACAUACAAACGCAAGCAGAGGGCGUUCGUGUGUGUGUGCGUUUCUGUGUGUUUAUGUGCAGCGGCAAAAUUCUGCAAAAGCUUCAGCGUAAUAAUUGAUGUUUUUGGUGCACAUAAAAGUUUGACAGAAAUUUGCAUUUUCAUCCCAACACAACACACACAGAGAAAAUGCUGAGGCCGACGGUUGCUUGAUUGGCGGCGGACAGCGACAACAACAGCAACAACAACAACAACUCGAAGAAGACGACACGCUUGAGUUGCAAAAACCAGCAGCUGAGACGAGAGUAGGUGGCAGCAACCAACUCCCUCUCGAUUCCGAGUCAACACCUGGGUCAACUGGGAAAAACAAGCCAAGCUCAACGACAUCGCAUUGCAAUGGCCAAAGUUACAAGUGGAGUCUGCUUUUAGGCGUUGGCCACACAGCCACAACAGCCAGAAACUAAAGCGCAAUUUGAUAGCCAAAAACUAACAGAGCACAAACCCAAAGUGCGAAAAGCAAGAGGAUAAAAACAACAACAACAACAAGAAAAACACAGCUGCAACAUGGAGAAACCCAUGCAACAUGCCCCCGCUCCCGUGGGUAAAGUCUCCCAAAUUGCCAACAUCUUCCAGCGCAAACCCAUCGAAAUCCAGCCGGUGGAACAGUUGAGCGCCGUUGCUGCGGCACAUGCUGCGGCUGCUGCUGCCGCUGCUGCAAAUCCAGCGAAUCCCGGACGAACUGAAUCGCAUUCGGCGCGUUUCAACAACGCUCGCGCACUCUUCGAGAAACUUGGCGUCGAGUCGAAUUCGAAUGUGAGUUCACGACUUUUGCGCAGCGGAUCGCGUGAGGACAAUUUGUGUGACGGCUCGGAUCGUUCGUCGUCGCGUUCCUCGGAUCGUUCACAGUCGCCGCCUAAGCGUCGGAUGCCCUUCCCCUCGGGUGCAGCGCUCAAUCAAAACAAUCAGAACAACAACGCAGCAGCUGCCGCAUCCCAGGCGCAAAACGGUGGCGUCGAACGUCUCAGCAACAGCAAAUUCAUUGUAGAACCGACGUCGGGCGGAGUUAAAUAUCCGCAGCACAAUUUGUCGCGUCUCAAGUCGGAGGAAAUAUCCACAACGGUCUCUGCGGCGCCAGCCACAGCGGGUUCGGUGAGUGCGCUCUUUGCCAACAGCGCUGGGGAUAAACCCGAGAAACCGGAGCGUAAAUUCAACUCACGUGAGCUGAUCGAGAAGCAAAAGAAGUGGACAUCGCACUUUACCAAGACCAAGACAACGCGCACGCACAGCGAUCUCAAUCGUUGCGACAUCAUCCGCACUGUCCCAGGAACUGGCCUCAUCAUGGAUGGCGAGAAGGCGCCCAAGUUGGCUGGCAAUAGCAACCCAGAGCCGUCGCCACCAAGUGCUCCCUUGCGUCAGUCACAGGCACAUGUAGUCACAGCCACGCCCACGCCCCCGCCCACAGCCAUACCGCCGGAGAUAAAGCCGCGCAGCGGUAAAAUCGGCAGCCCGGUGAAGUCGCCGCCAUUGCCGCCGAUUCCAGCGGCCAAGCCAAAGAAUGUCAGUCCCGUCAAGUUCAAUCCGGAGCGUGUGCGUUCGCCCACCAAGUGUGUGGAUGCGGCGCCACCGCCGCCGCCAGCCAAAUCAGCAGCUGUCACAGCGGCCAUGCAACGUUCGGCGUUGCUUCAACAGGAGCAACUACAGCAACAGCAGCAACAACAACAAUUAGUGGCACCUGUGCCACCGGAGAAACCACGCAAAAAGUCCAUUGAUCUCAUUGAGGAUGCAGCGCCCACCACAUGCUCAACGCCCUCAUCCUGUGCCUCGCCCACCAGCUCGAUGAGCGCACACAGCACCCACAUGCAACAGCAACAACACCAGCAGGCAGCAACCAAGCGGGGAUCCGUCGAUGCCGCUGCCCAUGGUCAGUCAUAUUAUGGCAACGGUCUUUCGGGUAGCACUAACUCAGCCACCUCAGGUUCGCCUGUGGCCAGUGCAUCGUCAGGUCCGUCCUCUCCCGUGCAUACCGAGGAUGAGAAGCAGGAGAAUGAGUCCACAGAGAAGUCGGAAAUGGAAUACUAUCACAACAACAACUACAACAGUGUGCCACGACGACGACGCAGCGAGAAUGAAGGUCGCAAAUCUGUGGACGAAUCAACUCCCCAACAACAACAGCAGCAGCAACAACAUUCCAGCAACGUCUCUGUGAACGGUUCGCCGCAACGUGUGGCCAACAAGCGGAGCAGCAUCACGGUCAAUAUGCCAGCUGCUGGUUUGGGUCAACGUCCGCCUAGCAUCAUAUCGACGGCCAGCCAGGACGAAGGAGGCUUCAACGACAGCGCGCCACAGCAUGAGCUGAAGGCCAAGCUGCAGUCGCCCACAUACAGCGAGGAAGGCAACAAGGAACGGGAACGGGAAGAGGGACAGACACAGCACACGCUGAACUAUGUGGAUGUGGGCUAUCGCCUCAAUCCCGAUGGCAGCGAGUCGCGGGAGGUUUAUGGCUCCGAGGCGGAGUUGUAUGACACCGCCAAGGUGAGCGACAUGCAACGCAAAUUCCAUGGCGCCAACGGAUUUGUCCAGGAGUCGAGCACCGUGUAUGCGAUUAUCAAACCGGAAAUGCAGGAACCACAGCCGGCAACGCCUCCCCGCGCCCUGCUGCAGUCCCCCACAUCGACGGCAUCGAGUGGCGAUGGUUCAGCGACAGCGUCGCCGCUUCAUCGGGGCGUCUAUAGCUCACCGCCGGUGGGCGUGGUGUCGCCCAUCAGGCGACGCAACAGCAGCGAACAAAAUGGCGGCAGCGGUGGCGGUGGCAGCACAAAGUCCACACCUCCAAUGUCGCCAGCUCGUGUCAAGGGAAUUGCACCCAUUGCCUCGAUUGACGCGCACGAAGAGGAAGAGCUCGAGUUGGAGCAGCCUGAAGAAGAGGAAGAGGAUGAACAGCUGGCAGUCGAAUAUGUUGAAGUGGAUCCCGAAGAGGAGGAGGAGGAGGAAGAGGAGCAGGCACCUGUUUUGCCCGAACGUCGAGCUCCGGCGCAAGGCGCGCUCGAGCUGCAGGAUCUGGAGUAUGCGGACACGAGUGCUGGCGAGGAUGAGGAGGAUAUAUUGCAGCAUUUGAAAUGCAGCGAACUGGAUGUGGAGCUCAUCGAUGACGUCGUCGACGAGGUGAUCAAAGUCCAUGUGACCACAGUGACGGCAACAACGAUAACAACUGCUGCUCCUGCUGCUGCUCCACCAGCUUCGUCUGCAGCUCCGGCUAAAGCGAUGCCGCGUGAUGACAGCUUGCCGGAUGCCAUGACAGCUGCCGAGGCGGAGCGAUUGUUGAGUUCAAGCAUUUUGGAGAACAAAAUCAGGCAACAGUCGCUGCUGUCGGACGAACAGGCCAAGGAAGUUGAGCAGAUACUGAACGCAUCGCCGAAUGUGAGCGUGGCUGUUGCUGCCGUUGUUGCCACUGCAACAUCUCCGACCAGCGCCAAGAAUCUCAACAGCGAGGAGCCAAAGCAGGACAUACAAAUUGCCGCUGUCCCAGCGGUCGUCAAGGAGGAAGAAGACGACGACGAAGUCGGAGUAAUCGAAGAGGAGAACGAAGAGGAGGAAGACGAACAGCAACAGCAGCAACUAGAGGAAGACUUUGACUCGGAUGACGUGGAAGCUGUUGACAUUGUGGGCAUUGGUCAUGCACCGGCAACAGUUGCAACUCCGGCCACGUUGAAUGCCACCUUUGUGAAGGCGGAUAGCACCGAGACAGAAACAACAACAACAACGACAACAACUCCGUCGACAGCAACAGCAACAACCACAAGGCACGACGACGACGAACCCGAGUGGCUACGUGAUGUGCUCGAGGCACCAAAGCGCAGUCUAGAGAAUUUGCUAAUAAACAACACCAACACGAACACGAACAACUCGAUACCAGCGCACGUCGAGAAUGGCUACGAAUCCAUCGAGACCCCUGGCAAACAUUCCGACUUGAAUCAAACGUAUGUGACUGGUGAAUCGCUGCACGAAUCGAUUGUAUCCGUCGAGUCCACGCAAUCGGAUGCGACAUUCAAUCAAACGACAACCAUCGAUGACAGCAUCAUCUCGAGCAAACACAACUCAACCUAUUCGCUAGCGGAUGUCGAACAGCCGACGACAAGUUCAACCCAGGUGCUAAGCACCGGCAUCACUGAGCUAGACGAUAGCCAGUAUUAUAUACCCGAAUAUCCGCCAGUUAGGAGCAAGGAGGUGCUCGUCGAGGCGGGUGUGCAUUACUUUGAGGAUGGCAACUUUUGGAUGGAAGUGCCAGGUCUGCUAGACUUUGAUGACGACGACUGCUCCUAUCCACCGAUCACCGUACGCAAGAAUCCCAAGGUACGCUUCAGCUCCGGCCCCAUACACGUCUAUUCCACAUUCUCAGUGACCGACUACGAUCGCCGCAAUGAAGAUGUCGAUCCAGUGGCCGCUUCGGCCGAAUACGAGUUGGAGAAGCGUGUGGAGAAGAUGCACGUCUUCCCCGUUGAAUUGAUGAAGGGACCCGAGGGUUUAGGUCUCAGCAUUAUUGGCAUGGGCGUUGGCGCCGAUGCGGGUCUAGAGAAAUUGGGCAUAUUCGUCAAGACGAUCACCGACAACGGCGCCGCAGCACGCGACGGACGCAUUCAAGUUAACGAUCAGAUCAUCGAAGUAGACGGCAAGAGUUUGGUGGGUGUGACACAAGCCUAUGCAGCUUCGGUGUUGCGCAACACUUCCGGUCUAGUCAAAUUCCAAAUUGGACGCGAACGCGAUCCCGAAAACUCCGAGGUGGCACAGCUUAUACGAUUGAGUCUACAGGCUGAUCGAGAAAAGGAAGAACGCAUCAAGCGUCAACAAGAGGAAUAUCUACGUCGCACACUCGACUACUCCGAGGACUCCACACAGCCGGUGUCGGCGAAUUCGAGUGUUUGCGAGGGACCCUCGAGUCCAGUACAAGUCGAACAUCCCAUGGAGGUCGAGGCCACACACUCGCAGGAAGUGGAGUCGCUGAAGCGGCUCCUACAGGAGAGCGAAAUGGGUUGCCUGGUUAAAGAAGAAAUUAUACAAAAUCUGAAACGCAAGCUGGUGAAGCUCGAGACGACGGGCAAUGAGAAUGAGUUGCUCAGCGAGCGACUGCGUCAAAGCGAGCGAGAGCUGGGCAACAUCAAGAAGGAGGCAGCGAAUCUGCAGAAUAUGCUGCAGCAAUCGCAGGCUCAGUACAUGGCUCUCGAUAAGAAGUACAACAAGGCCAAGCGGUUGGUGCGAGAGUAUCAGCAACGUGAGCUGGACAUGUGCCAUCGUGAGGAGUUCUACCAGCAGCUGUUGCAGGAGAAGGACACCGAAUACAAUGCACUUGUCAAGAAGCUCAAGGAUCGUGUUAUCAAUCUCGAGCAUGAGCUGCAGGAGACACAACGCAAGGCGGGUUUCCCUGUUGGGUUGCCCUAUGAUAGUGCCACCUUGAAGUUGACGCCACAAAUGAUGCGCAAGACGCCGCCAAAGCCGUUGUUCCACAAACUGGAAACCGAACUCUCGGAUACGGAAAUUUCGGAUCUUUCGCCCGAUGGCGAUGGCGUCAAGACCGCAACUGUGGAGCGUAAAGUUCCGGUCAAGGAUGAAUUGGAUGCAGCGGUGCCACAGCACGAGCUGCUCGACAAUUCGGUGAACAAGACAAAGAUCGAGCUGGCCUCCCGUGGUGGUCUAGCAAAUCGCCAACUGCCCUCAGCGGCAACAGUUGUCGCCAAUGGCAGCAGCAACAUCGUGAUCAGCAACGGCGGCAGCAACAGCAGCGAACUCCUCUCCAAUGGCAAUCUCAGCAAGCGCAGCCGCAGCAACAGUCGCAGCUCCGACUGCACGCUCGACGAUAGCGAUGACGACGAAGCCGUCGAAUUGGAGCAAUCUCCGCUGAAUCCUAUGGCAGGGACACACGACAGCAUCAGUUUGUCGAAUGGCAACUCGCAUCUGCUGGCGAAUGUCAACAAUCUGUUGCAACAUCAUCCGCCUGCCUCGAAUGCGACCAUUGGCAGCGGCAUUCUGCCGCCAUCGAACGGACAUCUGGGCACCACAACAGCCAUUUUGCUCAACUCGACGUCGUCGGCUUCGUCCAGCUCAUCGAAUCAGUCAACAGCGCGUGAGGCGCAGAUCAAUCAACUCUACGCUCAGGUACACAAGGAUCCCAGCAAGCACCAGCAGCAUCAACAGCAGCAACAGCAACAACAACAGCAGCAGCAACAGCAAUCGAGUUUGUUCAAGAACUCGUUGGGUUCCCCAGCGGACAAUGCGGGCGGAUUGAAUGAUUUCCAUCGCGGCAGCAUGACAACCUUUGGCACUGGGGCAGCCAGCAGCAGUGCCAGCAAUCGUGAUCUCAACAGCUCAUACGAUUCGAUCUUGGGCUCCAACGAUAAGCUCUCGGAGAACGAUCAGGCCGAGAACUGGAUGUAUCCGAGUCGACGUCGUGUGACUCCGAACGGAGGCAGCAGCAAGUUGCCUGGCUCCAGUUUCACCGAGCAGCUCAAUCAGGCGCUCUCCGAUCGCGAGAGGCGUCUCGGUGACGGCUCGUCGCGUCACUCCAGCGACGAUUACACGGAGAUCAACAAGAGCCAAAGCGCCGCCGCCAUCAACUGCAAGACGCUGAUCAACGAGAUUCGCCAGGCGGUCAACGAAGCGCAGCCAAAAGUGCCCUGGCAACAGCAGCAUCACCAGCAGCAGCUCUCGCAAUCGGCACACGCCACCGGCCCGCCCUCGCCUACAAGUAUGUCCUCGGGCUGCUCUUCACCCGGCUACUCGCCGAGUCGCACUCUGGAUUUGUCCGGUUCCAGCUCAAGUUUCUCGGAUCGCAAAGCGGCUGCCGCUUGCUACAACUACAAGGGAGGUCCUGUGCAUGAAUGGAGCAAGGAACAGGUGGGACACUGGCUGAUGGGCAUCGAACUGGAGCGUUAUAUACCCGUCUUCAAGGAGCACAAUGUGGAGGGCGGUGCGCUGUUGACCCUCGACUCGAAGGACUUCAAAACGCUGGGCGUUUGCGGUGAUGACAAGCAUCGGCUGAAGAAGCGAUUGAAGGACCUCAAGGCGAGCAUCGAGAAGGAGCGCAAGGACAUGGAGCGAGAGCGACGCGAACGCGAGAAGGCCAUACGCAAGGCCGAAAAGAAGGCGGCCAAAAAGAAGUAGUUGAAUUCUCUAGUUGUUAAGCAAACAAAGUAGCCAAAAAGCAAAACCAUAUACAAUGCAUAUAAAACAUAGCACUCCUAAGUAUAGUAGCUCUAUGCAAGCCACACAACAUACACACAACAUGCAAACAAAAAUACAUACAUAUAAAUAAAUCUAUAUAUAUAUACGAUUAUAUAACAGUUAUAAUAAUAAUAAUAAUAACACUUAGCAUAAUGCAUACGAUGAAACGAGUAAGAAGAAAUCAUAAUUUAUUUGUACAACACACAAAAAAAAACAUAUAUUAUAAUACGUACUACAUUUUAACUUAUUGAAAUUAA